AACUUUCCGUGAAGUCGUAUGUCUCAUUUUUUUGUCUCUCGAAUUCGGUGCGAUCGGACCAAGCUAGCGGGAUGCAAAGACGGGGAGGGAGACGGAUCCGAGGUAAACAACCGUUCGAUCGAAGGUGCUCAUCGAUCCGAGGCGCUCCUCCCCAUCUCAGAGUGGUUUCGCUCCAUCCCGGAGAAGCGGCGACAAGCCGUCUGCCUCCUUCACGUCUCCCGAUCGAGGUAUUUCGGAUGGAUUACAAGAGCGCCGUCUCCCUUUCAGCUCCAGGGAGAAGCUAAAAUGGCCAAUCCUGCCGUUCCCGCAGUGGGACCGGCCGUUGCCAAACGCACGUACGGAAUGAACGUGGCCUGUCGAUUACCGCAGCUGAACAGUUUGUGGUCCGUCUGGUAUUGCACAGUCACCUUCUCUCUGCAAAUCUAUCUGGUCAUCAGUAAUAUCCGCCUCUUCUCCUCGUAUACCGUCCUGCCUUGGCCGGUCGGUACUCAGCCCUAUCGAGAAUUAAGUAUGUACGUAGCGUCUAUGGGCCUGGCCGUAGUUCUGUUGCCCUGUUUCGUGUUGGCUGCCCUAUUGAAAGUUGGUAACUAUCCUAAUGACGGCACCAAGCUGGGAGAGGCGGAAGCCGACACCGUCGUUUAUCAGAAUCUACGCAAAAGAAGAUUUUAUCACGGCUUAAAGGUAGUAUGGAGACACAGUGGACCCACUGCUGCUUUUCUGCAUAUGACUAUCGCUUUUUCGUUGCUCUUUCCUCGUCUCUUCAUCCAGGCGCAACUGAUCAAGCAAGGAUUUCUUAACAGAGCUUUCUUAUGGAGAACGGACUUGGAUUUUCUUCUUCCUCCGCAAGAAAGGAUGGUGGCUAUUAGUUUUCUUUCUCGUUUAAAUGUUACCGAUGUAUUGCACCGUCACCAAGACAACCAUACAGUGGUACAGGUGGGUACCACUCAUCAAAUACAAGAAGACUCUACUUUGACGGUAGAAUUCCUUAAUUACACAUUCUCUCUUUUGGUCUAUGCUGUUCGUUAUCCUUCUGUCUUCUGGAGAACCAGUCGAUGGUUCGGUCUACUCUUCUCGUUCCAGAUGGUUAUUAACACCUUCCACUUACUGGUAGUCUACGCGGGGUUCUGCAUUCUAUACAAAGUUCAAGUUUUCGGUGCUCAAAGCGUCUUAGUGGAUUGCACUCAACUGCUGUUGAACAUUCCUUUCUCUGUGGUGCUAUUCUUGGCUUAUACCUGUCUCCUGGUCACGUCUGGUUCGGUGGUUUAUAGUUAUGGCAUUCAAAAGCACCAUGGCUGGCAGGGUAAACACUCGGCCGGUCUAUUACUCCUGUACUCUUUGUUGUUCGUGGCUCUGAUUGCCCUGCCUGUCGUGCCCUUGAUGUACGAUUAUAUGUCGGUUUAUUGUGGCAGCCUGGACGGCCUGAUGUUGACUGCCGUCUUUGGCACCGCAAUACAUUUAACGCUGUGGAUUCUACUGUGGAUUUUCCUCACCUUGAAGAUUACCUGUGGGAAACGUAACGGGAGAGAAAUUCCAAUGGGCUAUUCUCCCAACGAAACUCAACCCUGCGGUUACAAACCGGGAAAGGAGACGCCGCUCUUCGUCAUCAAGGGAGGGCAAACGUAUCAGGUUAGAGAAAGGGCCUCAAAAAAAGCCAUCCUGCACAUCAUCCAAAAAUCUCACGAGAGGGAACGGUGCACUUCUCCGGAUAACGACGACGUUUAUUGGCUUCGACCCAAGACCUUGUCCACGGAAGAUAUCAGAGAGGGAGGAGCACUGUUCCGAAAACAUUCGGCCAACAAGAACAAGUUGAGAUUCGAUAAUGCUAACGCUUCUGGUCCUUCCCCGAAAUUGAGCGCUAAAUUCAAAAAACAGAAUGUUAAAUUCGAGAGUCUGUCGGACACCAGCGACGACGGAGACUACGCCAUUUUGAGAGAUCUCGUGACCGAAAACGAAGAACAGGAGAACCGGGAAGAGAAGGAGAAGAGUCCGACGGAAGAGGGUUCCGUCGGGACCGAAAGAGCGUCCGUGACGGUGCACGGGAGGGGAGGCGACGAGGCGGGUCCCGCGCCCCCUUCGCCGCACUCGGGGAGCGAUUCGUCCAGCGGCAUCCACUCGCCGAGCAGCGCAGCGGGCAAAAGGGCUUCCAGCAUGGAGAACCUGGCAACGUGCGAGUCGGCCAAACCCGUGUGGAAGAGCAUGUCUCUGCAACGCAACGCGCCCUCUGCCGGACACGGAGAAGUCUACUACGGCGAUCCGCGGACCACCUUGGUCAUCCACCGCAAAUUCCACGGUGCCAAAGCCGAUCGGGCGGCGGCAGGCGACGAACCCUUCGGUAGAGCCACCAACAUGAAAAUGACGUCGUUCACCGACCGGUCCGACGGUCCUAAAGCUUCGCCGCCCUCGCCCGACAGAACCAAGGAAACAAACAAGGCUCGGGCGGGCCCGGUCGUCAACCCCACGUCGGACCAGGGCCACCGUCGUAGGGACUCCGCCAACUACUCUCUGCCCUCGUCGGGAGACUCCGACGUCUCGCACUCUUGACACAGGCCCUCUCUCUGACCGUCUCUCUAGUCUCGUGCCAAAGGCCCUCCCGGUUUUCUACCGCCGCCGCUUCGCCUCGAUCCUCUCUUCGACGUUCCGUGCACCGGCGUUUCGUCUGUGUCGUCUCGUGUGCGUGUUUAUUAAACAGUGCCGAACCGUGAUUACUCUCGCUCUCUUUACUCUUCUACACCUUACAGAUCUGAAAGACCGUUUCUUCUCGAAAUCGCGUCCAUGCUACGUCGAUUAAUCAAUUUAACGCGUUAGGCACGUGUGUGUGUUCCCCAAUUUCCCUGCGGACGUUCCGAUUUUCACAUUUUUGGCGAUAUUUUUACCUUAUUUUCAAUCGCACCAUCGUCUUCCGAUAUCUUUAGUUUCAUUUCUAACGUCAAUAAUUACGCAAA